CUGAAAUACUGGCAGUUCUCGUGUGUCAUUGGCUUGAUAUUCUGAUUGGUUGAACUCCGUGAAGCACAUUGACCUCUGGGAUACGUAUUUCAUGCUACGUAUUUCAUGCUGGAGAGUCUCGCGUUACAGCAGUGGUGAAACUACGAAUCCCGGAAUGCACUGCAGCAUAGGGCGGUCUGAUGACGAUGGAAGGGUUCAGCCAAUGACAGACCAGCUUUCAAGGCUCGAAGUAUUUGCUGCAGUGAGGAGCAUUCUUCCUUGCAGGCCACUUUUAACCACUAUUUCAACAUACCAGUGUUCCAGAGUUGCUAAAUCCUGAUUACUUUAUAAAGAAGCUAAUGAUCUGUUCUCCCUGCGCUUCGGCACACUAUCGUAGUGCUAAAGAAAUAUCCAAGAAACCUGCUGCUUAUACCAGGAAAAGAAAAUAAUCUCCCUGGUGCAGGGACAAUGGUUUAGCAGAACUACACUUGUCUCUUCGCAGUUCCUCCGCUGAGCGGCAAAUACUCCCAAAAGUAUGAAGAGGAAAGAGCUUCCGCGGGAGUUUAGGGAUAAGGUUGUUGAACUUCAUGAGUUAGGGGAGGGGUAUAAAAAGAUUUCUAGGACUCUAGAAAUCCCCCUCAGCACAGUCAAAUCCAUCAUUAAGAAAUGGAAGAUGUAUCGUACUACCCAGACUCUGCCCCGAUCUGGGCGCCCCUCCAAACCAGGCAGCCGGCCGAGGAGGAAACCAGGAAUUUUGAAAGAAGAUUAUGCGAUUAUGCAAAUGGGGGUGGAUCCAGUCCUAAAGCCUAAUAAGGACUACCCAUCAGAGUAUUCUGAUGAUGAAAUCCAAGAAGUAUCGAUAACAGACAAGCAUUUUCGUGCCCUAAAGAGUCCAAGUGAAGAAUCAGCCACAGAUGAGUUCCUUCCGGAGAUGAUUGAAGAAUCCCACAAGCCUUCCUGUUUAGCAGAUGUAUCAGAGCACUGCAAGGAACAGGAUGCCAUAGAAGAAUUGUGCUCACAGGGCAGCGGACAAGAAACUGUUUCAACAAUUCCUGAUGAUUCCCACAAUAAAAAGAUAGCUUGUAGUGGUAAAGAAGGACCAGAGCAGGAAACGUGUCUUCAUUGGUGCAAAGAAAGCAGUACAUUGUCCUUUGCCAAAUGUCAGAAGGCACUUGCCAAGCAAAAGCCCCUGAGGUGCAGCCAGUGUGGGAGAGCCUUUAGAUAUAAAUCUCAGCUCUUUAUGCACCAGAAAACACACAGAGAGGAAAAGCUUCAUUGCGAAGUUGGAAGGAACGAAAACGAACAGAGAUCUCCGUUUGCUGUGCACCUGCAGGCCUUCGAGGAAGAGAAACCAUACAUUUGCCAUGAAUGUGGCAGCUGCUUUCAGCAAAUAUGUACCCUGGUCUUACAUCAAAAGAAACACAAAGGAUUAAAUCCUUAAAUGGUUUGGAAAAUAGAACAAAGAUUGUUCAGACAGCACAGUUUCUGCGUUUUUUGCUUCAUAAUCAUAAUAUGCGCCUGCAUGUUAGACUAUUUCAUAUUUGCCCCACUUAGUUGGCUUUCAAGCAAUCUUGUUGGGAAUAACUCUCUACAUUAAGAAAGCUUUUGUUUUGUCUACAUUUUAAAGUAGGCAAAUACGAUUGUCCCAUGUGGGCUCCUAUAGAUGUAUGGGGGAUGAAAGCUUAUGCAUCCCUAAUACCCUAAUUCCUCUGUACUCUAUGAUCCCUACUUUGUGUUAGCUUAUAUUUAGGCUUGGGCGACUUUUACCCGUUUCGUCUCACCAAAAAUUUGCCGCCGGCGAAAUGUCGCUGAUGCCCAUUAAAAUUCACCCAUCCAUACUUAUAUUGUCUCUUCACUGCAGAAAUGACUCAUUUCUUCAUUAAUAAAAAGCCACCCUUGACUACAACCCCUAUCAAGGCGACCAAAUAUUUCUAACCAAAUCUCAUGGACCCCUUUAGAACUAUACAAAACUAUACAAAACCUUAGGCUAAGGCCAUAUUGACAUCUAGACUACCACUAGACAUCUAGCAAUGACUGAUGUAUGUAAUGUUUGAUAUUUUCUCUGUACAUUAAUGAUAUCUGUUUGUGUUGCUUGUGCAAUAGAUGAGGUAUAGCCUAUGAUUGCCCAGAACAUUCCUCCUCUGUAAAUAUAUAUAUGAAUUUGUAUCUAUAUAUACCCUAAGUACAGGGUGAGGGUAUAGCUUAUUGUGUGCCCAGAACAUUCCUUCUGUCUAUAUUUGUAUUUAUACAUAUGGGGGGGAAUAAUAUUGUUUCCCUUUGACAUUACAGUAUAAGGGUAUAGCUUAUUAUGUGCCCAGAACAUUCCUUUUGUGUAUAUUUGUAUUUAUACAUAUGGAUGGGAACUGCCAUAUUGUUUCCCUAGUAUGGUACAGCAUGAGUUUAUGUGCAUUGAAAUUUUCAUAUAGCAUAAUUAAUAAAAAUCUCCAUAAAUAAUAA